AUGUUGACCUCUAUAUUUGUUCUGUGGGACUUAGUAUACUUCUUAUAUACCUAUGGAUUAAUCUUCAUCAUUUUCCUAAUUAUUUGGCAAGUGAUCUGGACUUACCAUGGAUUGAGAUUUGAAUAUAAAAGGAGCUGCUGCCAGCGUCACCGAAAAAUCAGGCAAAGGGAUAGAAAUGCACUAUCAAGAGCCAGGAGAUGUUCCCAAGAAGAAUCUGAGAAGCCAUGGGAGCUGAUCUCUGUCAUGAAAAGAAAGCACUGGCUUCCCCAGGAGGAAAAUGUGAGGCAGCUCCUGUGUGCAGAUGCCUCCUGCCAAAUCUGCAAUUCAGUGGCUCUGGAAAUUCAGCAAUUGUUAGAAGAUGAGAAGAACCAAAUCUCCCCUACUUUAUCAGAGCCAUCACAAGGCUCUUGCUUGGAGAUGUUCUCCAUGUCAACUGUGUCUUUUGAGCAGAAUCUGGAGCUUCACUCUCAGCAGCCUAAGGAUCUUUCACUGGCAUCUGCACCCCUAACAUUAACACAACUGACAGAACACUUAAUCCAAUCAACCAGUGCAAUUAGUGUCCAAGAAUACAGGGCUGAUCAUAUCCAACAAGGGCAAGGAUUUCAACUGGCACAUCUGCCCAUGGGCCCAGAGACUACAGGGGCUUCAUUAAGGUUUGAAGAGCCUAUAGUUACAGUGAAUAAACAGGAAAUGAUGCAGAGCAACCUUAACUUUGUUCAGGGGAACAGAAACCAGCAGUCUGUGAACUCUCAGCAGAUCUCUUUUAUGUACUUGAACCCAGAGAUUACUAAGUUGGAACGUUCAGUGGCCUUGCACAUGGUCCCACAUGUUCACUUCCCAUUCCUCAGUCCUGAUGUCCUGAGACUUCUUGAGGUACAUGUAAAAAAAUGGAUGCAUUUCCAGAGGUGGGGGCUCCCUAGACGUGUGGAAGACUCUCUGAGACAACUUAUGCCAAACCCACCAAUGUAUUACCAGACUGAAAAUAAUGAACCAGUUUCUUUCAUCCUGAAUAAUACUUCUCAGGUCUGUGUUCAUGAACUUGGGACCACUGCCCACCAAACCUGGUGUUCAUAUAUGACCGGGAAACCCAACCAGAACUUCUGGGUUUUAGAAUGGUCUGUUAUGGACUCAGAGGAGAGACACCACUGCUAGCAAAUAUCAAAUUCUAUGGGUCUAUCCUUACCUUCUCCUGCCCCGAAAGUCCUGGGUGGCUUCUAUGCACUUCCUGAAGGACAGGCUAAGGACUCAGGGAACAAUCUGCCCCAUAAAUACAGGCAGCUAUUCUGUGGCCUCUCCUCUCUGCACAGUGAGUCCCUGGCUGCCACUUUCUUGAGUUCUGAAAGCCUCUCCAAGAACAAGAAUGUAUCCAAGCCCCCACUGAAGUAUUCUCUUCCAUUCAAGGGACUCUCUUUCCAUCCCUUGCUCCCCAAAACACCACCUGAGAUAAAUUUGCCUUCUUCUCCACCUUCUCCAAAUUGUGUGUUUCCAGCUGAACAGCAACAAGCUCUUAUUAAUGUCCCAUUUCUGAUUCCAGCUGAAUGUAAAAUCUUGGAAUGGCACCUGCUGCAGAGACGGUGCCAGCUUCAGUGGGGUCUGCCAGCUGUCAUCCAGAGAGCUCGCCAUGCCCACGACCCCUUGCA